AUGUCGCGCAGCGUGCCCAUCGUCUUCCCGUACCCCAUCAUCGCGGACGAGUCGCGCGAGCUGGCGCUGCGCCUCGACAUGAUCGACGAGGACCAGCGCUACGACCUCGGCGCCGCCAACACCGUGCGCGCGCUCUACGUCAUCGGCCCCGACCGCAAGGUCAAGCUCUCCAUUGAGAUCCUGCGCGUGGUGGACUCCCUGCAGCUGACGCACCGCCUCAACAACACCGUCGUCACGCCGGCCGACUGGCGGAUGGGGGAGAGCAUCAUGCUGGAGCCGAGCGUGCGCGACGAGCAGGCGGCGCAGCUGUUCCCCAAGGGCGUGGAGACGGUGCGCAUGCCCUCGGGCCUCGCCUACGUGCGUAAGACGCAUCACUACACCGCGCACUCCAAGGAGUGCUGGGACGGCGCCAGCAAACACUAGCGCUCGCAACCUCUGGCAACGAGUGGACGGGGCAGGAAUGCUCGCUUCGGGCCGAUCAACGUAUGG